AUGGUCUCCAAAUCCUUCCUCCUCGCCAUCGCCAUCGCCUACGUCGAGGCCCGCUUCGGCCAAGAACAAGUCCCCAUCGCCGCCAUCUCCGCCGUCCAAGGCGGCGAGCCCGGUGCCGCAGCUACCAUUGCUGGCGCCGCCGUCUCCGACCUGCUCGGCGGUGCAGAUGCCUGUGCCAAACUCACACGCGCCGACCAAGUCUUCACCGAACUCGGUGGAGGCGCAGACGCCCUCGCUGCCGCCAUUGGCCUCGUGACGGCGGAGAAGAAUACGAACCCGUUUGCCAAUGGCAACGUGCAAAACGUCUGUGGUGACCCCAGUCUCCCGGCCACGGCCGAGCUCAGGGGUAUCACGCCCUUGAUCGAUCCUGAUGUCGAUAUUGACGGUGAGGCAGCGGCGCUUUCGGCAAGUAGUGCUGAGAAUCCGCUUCCGGCUGAUGGAUUGAGUGUGUUUGAUCUCAUGGAUCAGGCGGGGCUGGGUGAUCUUGUGGCUUCGAGCACCGGUGGUGCGGGAGCUGGUGCGGGUGCGGGAGCUGAUGCUGGUGCUGAUGCCGGAGCUGGUGGUGACGCUGGCGCAGGCAACGGUGCAGAUGCUGGUAACAAUGCAGAUGCCGGUAAUAAUGCGGAUGCUGGCAACAAUGCCGGCAACGACAAUGCUGGUAACAAUGAUGCUGGCAACGACAACGCUGGUAACGAUAAUGCUGGUGACAAUAACAAUGCUGGUAACGGCAACGACAACACCCAAAACGGACAAGAUGAUUCCGCAAACCAGGAUGCUUGCAAUGAUGCUGGAGCCGGCAACGGCAACAACGGCAACAACAACAACAAUAAUAAUAACAAUGCUGGAAACAACGCUGGUAACGGCAACGGUGAUGCUAAUAACGGCAAUGCUGGUAACAACGGCAAUGACAACGCUGGAAACGAUGCUGGAAACGACAAUGGUAUGAACGAUGCUGGAAACAACGCUGGAAACGACAAUGGCAUGAAUGAUGCUGGUAACGAUGCUGGCAACGACAAUGCCAACAAUGAUGCUGGCAACGACAAUGCCAACAACGAUGCUGGCAACGACAAUGCCAACAAUGAUGCUGGCAACGACAAUGCAGGUAACGAUGCUGGAAACGACAACAACGCAGACGCCGGCAACGGCGGAGCAACCGGCGACGCCGACUUUGGCGACUGCACCCCAACCAUCACCUUCCAAGGCGGCGAAGGCAACCGGCCCGCCGACGAAUUCACCUUCCAAAUCGCCGACCCCCUCGCCCGCGGCGGCCAAGGCGAAGCCCUCAACCCAAACAUCAUCACAAACGCCCUCUGCAAUCAACUCACCAAUGUAUGCGGCGCAAACGACGCCGCCAUUGCCCUGUGCGAGGAGGGCAAAGCUCAGGUCGAGGCCGCGGGUACGAGGGACAAGAGUACCGCUGAUUUGUUCAACACCGCGUUGGGCUUUGCUGGGGCGGUUACGAACCCCGAUGGUGGGCCCGAGGAUGUUCCUGCUGCCAAGGGGAAGAGGAGUAUGAGGCGUGGAGUCAGGGCUUAG